AUGAUUUCAAGUAUGAAUAACAAAAUAUUUUGCUUAAUCAUGACAUCCCUAUUCGCAAAUGUAAUAGGUACAAGAAUGAUGUGCCCAAGUCAUCCUAACUGCAUUUGUGGCGGUACGCUUGCAGUUGAACUCGAUUGCAAUAUUGACGGUCAUAAAAUAAAAAUAAAUUUACAUCCAAGUAUAUACUUGAAUAUCAAAUGUGAAAAUGUAACAUCAUUGGACUAUAAAACGCUACCACGAUAUGCUUACAAUAUGAGUAUUUUAAAGUCAGUUACGUUCAAGGACUGUCCGGUACCCAACAUUUCGUUUCAUGAAAUACUCUCACAUAUGGGCGUUGAAAAAACGAUGUCACUUAUAUUUCAAAAUUCUCAUAAAUUAUCUGGAUUUUUAAACAGAAGACAUUUUACAGGAUUACAAGAUCUAACAAAAUUGCUUCUAUCAGUUAAUGGUAUAACUCACUUACCCGAUAAUGUUUUCUCAGAUAUAAACAAUCUAACCUGGCUUAACAUUCGUUUCAAUAACAUCAAUUUAUCCGAUCAAUUAUUUAAACCCUUGGAGAAAUUAGAAACUUUAGAGAUCAGUCAUAAUCACCUGACAAAUAUGUCAUCAAAUCUAUUUUCUCAUUUAUCUCUAUUAAGAAGGCUAUCCUUAUGGCAAAGUAAUAUAACGUGGUUUUCUAAGGAUUUUUUUACAGGCGUAAAUGUUUUGGAAGAAUUAGACCUAAGUUCUAAUGGAUUGAAUGAACUCCCUGUAUCAAUUUUUAAACCUCUGGGAAAACUAAAGAAAUUAACAUUAUUUUCCAAUAAAUUUUCCACAUUGCCAAAAAAUAUUUUCUCGAAUAAUUUAGAGUUGGAAACCGUAUUUAUUCUAAACAAUGAUGUUAAAAUGGUAGAACUACCAAGUUCUUUAUUUGGAAACUUACCAAAUCUAAAACAAAUAUAUAUACAAAACAGUGGAUUAGAAAUAAUUCCAUCCAACGUUUUUAAGAAUUCUUCAAGUUUAACAAAUAUAUCUUUAGCUUACAAUGAUAUAAAAACACUACAUGAAUCCACGUUUAAUGAUCAAAUAAAUCUACUUGAACUAGACUUGAGCCAUAAUCAAUUAAAAAGUUUAGAAUCAACAAUUUUUUCAUCACUAGUAAGGCUGGAAAGCUUGAAUUUAUGUUAUAACUCGAUCGAAGAAAUUAGUGGAUCCACUUUUUCAUCUCUCUUAAGCCUUAUAUAUCUAAACAUGGAACAUAAUAAUCUUAAAACAAUAUCUUCCUAUAUAUUUACGAAUAAUAAGCAAAGAAUGAUAAUUUCCCUUGCAUAUAACAAACUUCAUUUUGAAAAUAAAGAAAUAGAAAACAAUGAUUUAUCAGUGGUCCAGGUUUCUCCAUUUGCAUUCACUUACAAUUUGAAAAUGCUCAAUUUAAGUCACAAUAAUUUUGAUACUGCAUAUGAAGACUGGUGGAUUAACGGACAUGAUCACUUGGAUUUAAGUUUUAAUUCUAUACAGAACAUCGGGGGUCAAACAGAACACUUGAAUGAUGUCGGCCUAUCAUUCAAAAAAGCAAGAAAAUCAAUGAAAUAUGUCUGGUUAACAAACAAUCCAAUACUUUGUAAUUGCAUAAAUUUUCACUUUAUUGAUUAUCUUCAAGAAAAGUUAAGCGUUAAGAUCAUAAAUAAUCCUUUGGAAAAUUGUUCUUUUUGGGUAAGAACAGGAUGUUACAAGAGAUACGCACUUUCGUUAACUCUAUUGAUUUGUUCUCUUACUUUAUCUGCAAUCGGAAUAUUGAUUUGUGUCACAUUCAAUCAACACCUACCAGAUCGUCUAAAACAUAAAUUUCUUUAUUAUAUCAAACCGAAAGCUCUGGCUAACCUUAACAAAACUAUAACAGUUAAAUACUCGGAACAGGACGAAGAAUUUGUACUCAAGGAAAUUAUACCAGAGUUGAAAGAACAUAAGAAAGUAGAGGUGAACGCACAAGCGAUAAAUGGAACAGAUGAUGAGAGUUUAAACUGUUUCCUCAAUAUUUUCGAAGUACCCAAAAUGUCUUUGGUUAUAUUUACACCUAAUUAUUUAAUGACUGUGUACAGUCAUAUAAGUAUAAAAAAAAUAAGAGGAGCAAUGAUGAAAUCUAAGAACACUGUAUACGUAUUUACCGAUAUUGGGCCUGAAAAUUCUAUAUACGCUUACCUUAAAGAGCAAAGAGAUCUUCGAACGAGUGUUUUAUGGAAUGAUCCGAAAAUCUGGCAUAAACUCACAACCGAAAUAACAGACGGAUUUUAUAAAAUCAAGAUGAAGCUGGCUCCUUAUGAAGGCAAUCUUCAAUUAUUAAAUAACAGAGAAAGAGUUUUGGCUGAUAUGCUGGUUACCAAUACUUCAGACAUCAUUGCACACAGUCAAGUUUAA